UUUGUUUUUAUUGAGGUAAAAUACACAUAACAUGAAAUGGACCAUUUUAAUCAUUUUUUAAGUGGCCAGUUCAGUGGCAUUAAGCACAUUCACAUUGCUGUGCUACCGUCACCACCAUCCAUUGAUAGAACUUCUUUCAUUUUGCAAAAAACUGAAACUCUGUCCCCAGUAAGCAAUAACUCCCCAGUCCUCCCAUCCCCCCAGCCCCUGGCCCCCACCAUCCUACUUUCUGUCUCUGCAUUGGGCUACGCUAGGUAACUCACAUAGGUAGAAUCCUACAGUAUUCAUCCUUUGGUGUCUGGCUUAAUUUCAAGAGGCAUAAUGACCUCAUUGUUCCUCCGUGUUGUAGCGUGUGUCAGGAUCACUUUCCUUUUGAAGACUGAACAAUAUUCCAUCGUGAUGUCUCUACUAUAUUUUGUUUAUGCAGUCAUCCAUUAAUGGACACAUCGGUUGUUUCCACCUUUUGGCUAUUGUGAAUAACACUGCUAUGAACCUGGGUGUACAAAUAUCUGUUCAAGUCCCUGCUUUCGAUACUUUUAUAUACCCAGAGGUGGAGUCACCUCUUUUUGACAUUGCAUCCUCUGAACUUAGGAAGAGACAUUUGAGAACUCCUUCCAAAUUUUGAAUAAAAGUAAUGACUGCGCUCUGCUGGGGCCCCAAAAAGGACCUGGGCUCACGUCCCCUGACUCCUACAUGGAAAGGGUGAUUUUUUGUUUGUUUGUUUGUGUUUCCCCUUGAGUCGCAUCUUUAAGCAUAAAGGAAGUCCAAAGCGUCCUCUGUAGCAGACUCUGAGAAACAACGGAGUGUCUUACUCAAUCCUCCCAAAAAGGGAACCCGAGUGAUGAGUUUCUUAGUCAAGGUGUGGGGCACCCGGUGACGAUGCCACGCUCCUUCCUGGUGAAGAGUAAGAAGGCUCACACCUACCACCAGCCUCGUGCCCAGGAGGAUGGGCUCCUCUGGCCUCCUGCCCUUGGUCCUGUGGCCAGGGACCAGGUCCUGAGCACCAACCCUGUCCUCAGCACCCUGUUCCCAAACCAGUGCCUGGACUGGACUGACCUCAAACGGGAGCCGGAGCUGGAGCUGGACCAGAGCUUGAUGACCAGGAUGGCCUCUGCCCCAGAGGGGCCUGCUGUGACGUCCCGACCCCAGGAUGAGGGCUCGCCAUCCUCCGACUCACCCCCGUUCUACAAGCCCAGAUUCUCCUGGGAUGCCCUGGCUUCAUCCUACGGGCACAGCUACCAGCAGGCCCCCUCCACCAUGCAGUCUGCCUUCCUGGAGCGCUCCGUCAGCCUGUAUGGCAGCCCUCUGGUGCCCAGCACUGAGCCGCCCUUGGACUUUAGCCUCCACUACUCUCCGGGCUUGGACGCAUACCACUGCAUCAAGUGCAGCAAGGUGUUCUCCACCCCACAUGGGCUCGAGGUGCACGUCCGCCGCUCCCACAGUGGGACCCGGCCCUUCGCCUGCAACGUCUGCGGCAAAACCUUCGGCCAUGCAGUGAGCCUGGAGCAGCACACGCACGUCCACUCCCAGGGGAUCCCGGCCGGGUCCAGUCCCGCGCCCAGCCUGGCAGUCCCGGGUCGCGAGGCCCCACCUGCGCCUGACCCCCCGGGGCCUCGUUUCCUCCGGCAGGGGCGCAGCUUCGAGUGCCGGAUGUGCGGCAAGGCCUUCAAGCGCUCGUCCACCCUGUCCACCCACCUGCUCAUCCACUCGGACACGCGGCCCUACCCCUGCCAGUUCUGCGGCAAACGCUUCCACCAGAAGUCGGACAUGAAGAAGCAUACCUACAUCCACACCGGUGAGAAGCCACACAAGUGCCAGGUGUGUGGGAAGGCUUUCAGCCAGAGCUCCAACCUCAUCACUCACAGCCGGAAGCACACGGGCUUCAAGCCCUUCAGCUGUGAGCUGUGCACCAAAGGCUUCCAGCGUAAAGUGGACCUGCGGCGGCACCGCGAGAGCCAGCACAACCUCAAGUGAGGCUGUCCCCGCUCCCAGCUCCUGACCGGCCUGCCCCAAGAUCAUGUCACCUGGAGGGAGGCCAGCCUCACACACCCAGAUCCCCAGUCUCCUGGAGGCAGCACUGGACCGGACUCGUCAAGCUUGUUUUGAGAUUCACGAAAUUGCUGUGUGACCUCGGGCAAGUCACUUUCCCUCUCUGGACCAACAAUUCUCCUGCUGCAAAGUGUGGCAGCUGGAUCUUUUCUGAGCUGAUGUUGUCUACAGGUCUAAGGGCUUGGUGCCUUCCCCCCGGGGCAGAGCCCAGGAGGCCAGAGUAGCCCCAGGUGCACUGCGAUGCCAAGAACAGACCAGAGCUGGGACCCACAGAGAAAUCCUCCCCCUGCCUGCUGCUCACCGGGAUCUGGUCAGCUCGGUUUUCAGCAGGCCCCUUUCUGGCUGCCAUGGGUGGUCAGAGCUGUCUCCUGCCCCAGUGGGAGACCUAGAACCCCUCUGCUUCAGCCAGUGUGCUGGCUGUUCCCCACUCCUGACGGGC